AUGGACCAGGGUCUUUCGAUCGUCGAGGGUCAAACAAACCUACAUCAAGAUUAUGAGCCGAUCAAAAAACCCGUACCUGCGGCCCUACAAGAUCCAUUUGCAGGCGAGGAGAAUGGCCAGGUCCAAUAUCGGAGUAUGAAGUGGUGGUGGGUUAUCUGCCUCUUGAUGAUUGCCCAGUCAGUUUCAUUGGGAGUCCUCUCUCUCCCGUCGUCGAUGGCCACAUUGGGGCUUGUUCCCGGGUGCAUCCUUAUUAUCGGAAUGGGAGCCCUGACAACGUACACCGGGUAUGUGCUUGGGCAAUUCAAGCUACGCUAUCCUCAGGUCCACAACAUGUCUGAUGCAGCGGAUAUCCUAUUUGGUGCUUGGGGGCGUGAGACAGUCGCGGUGGCCCAGAUAAUAUUUUUUAUUUUUCUCAUGGGCGCUCACAUCUUGACCUUUUCAAUAAUGAUGAAUACCCUAACUGAUCACGCCGCUUGCACAAUCCUCUUCUGCCUGGUGGGCGGGAUUCUGUCCUUCAUUCUUACUCUAUCCAGGCGUCUGCAGGAGGUUUCAUACCUAGGAAUAAUAUCUUCGGUGUCAAUAUUCAUUGCCGUGGUAAUCACGGUCGUGGCUAUCGGCAUUGAAGCCCCAGAUCCAACGGCCCACGCCCUCCGACACCCUACCCUCCUCUCCGGUGUCUCAGCUUCACUGAACAUUGUCAUCUCGUUUUCCGGCCAUCCAGCAUUUUUCAGCUUCCAAUCUGAACUCGCAAACCCCAAGGACUUCACAAAAGCAAUCGUCGCCCUGCAGAUAACCGACACCGCACUGUAUCUCAUCGCCGCCGUUGUCAUUUAUCGAUACGCAGGCGAGGGAGUUGCAAGUCCAGCACUCCUCAGCACCAGCCCAGUUGUUGCAAAAGUUGCAUUUGGUGUUGCUGUUGGUUCUAUUGUCAUUGCUGGGGUCAUAAUCGGGCACGUCGGCGCAAAAACAAUCUACGUCCGGCUGUUCCGUGGUACCAAUAAGAUGAAUCAAAGAUCUCUUGUCUCCUAUGGCACUUGGGUGGUCAUCGUGUUAAUCAUGUGGACGGUUGCGUGGAUCAUUGCCAACGCCAUCCCUGUGUUUAAUGACCUUUUGAAUCUCCUGGCUGCGGCCUUUGGCAGCUGGUUCUCGUUUGGGCUAGAGGGCUUGUUCUGGCUAUAUAUGAACAAGGACCUGAGGUCGGCAAAGAAAAUGGCGCUGGCGGGUCUUAAUGUCUUCCUUGUUCUUUUCUGCUGCUUUAUGUGUGGGAUUGGUCUCUGGGCCACAGGAACAGGCAUUUCGCUUAGCGCCAAGAACGCCCAUGGCGCAUUCUCUUGUGCAGACAAUAGAUAG